CAAGACUGGGUCGGGGUAAUCAUUAAUUAUGUUGAUGUCUAAUUGAGAGUCUUCAUGUAACAGAUAUUUGAGUACUGCAUUUCCCCUGUAGUUUUCAUUGAUGGCACAGUUCCAGCUCAUUCAUCAUCCUUGUUUGUAUCGAUUGCUUCACUGUACUACCCCUCAUUACCUGGUCAGAAUGUCCGUCACCCGAUCUGAGCUCAAGUUUCGCGCUCCUCCGUCAAUGCAAUUGAGUGACGGCUCAGCCAAGUCUAAAACAUCUCCCCCAGGCCAUGAUUCCUCCAUUUCUACAUCCCUUGAUCGAGCACGAGCUCGAUUCGGGGUGACAGGCAAUGCCAUAGUGACUGGGGGCGCUGGCGAUAUCGGGUCUGUCGCCUGUCGAGCUCUGCUUGAACACGGACUGCAGGGACUAGCUAUCUUUGACCUGCAUCCUGAUGCUGGGCGAAGUACAGUCUCGAGUCUUCAAGACGACUUUCCUGAGGUAAAGAUCACAUUCACCAAGGUUGAUGUGACAGAUCCCGAUUCCGUUGCAGCCGCCGUUGCCAACGCGGAGCAAACGAUUGGUCCAAUUAACAUCUGCCUUUGCUUCGCAGGCAUUGCCUUUGCAGCGCAUGCUUUGGACAUUACUCCACAGCAAUUCAAGACCAUGUUUGACGUCAAUACUACGGGCUCAUUUUUGGUAGCACAAGCUGUUGCAAAGCGUAUGUCAAACAGAGGAACCGGGGGCUCAAUCAUCCUGAUGGCAAGCAUAUCUGCCCAUAUAGUCAACUUUCCUCAACCUCAAGUCCAUUACAACGCUGCCAAGGCGGCCGUCAUCUCUAUGAAAAGCUCACUUGCCGCAAAGUGGGCGGUACACGGCAUCCGUGUCAAUAGUAUCAGUCCUGGGUACAUGGACACUAUUCUAAAUGAGGGGGACGGUUUGGCCGAGCAUAGAGCUAUUUGGGCCAAGAGAACUCCUUUCGGUCGCAUGGGAAAUCCGGAGGAGCUCACUGGUGCUGUUAUCUUGCUGGCGAGCAAAGCAGGUAGCUACAUCACUGGUUCAGACAUCCUUGUGGAUGGCGGGAUCAGUGUCUUCUAGAGAUCCCUGAGAAAGUAUUAGCAGUACACUCUAGUCCCAACCAGCUACUCACAAUUUGAUUUCUAUAAAGCUUUAAAAUGACAAGCACAAGGCGAGCCUUCUCAAUUUAAUGGUCAU